AAGAGAAUUUGGAGUGAAUAUUUAUAAUGGAGUGGACAGUGGCAGAGUCAUUUUAUUUGAUAUUUUCUUGAGAACGUAACAUUAUAUAAUUAGAGAAAUAUUUAGACAGAAAAAAACAGCCGAUUUAUUUUUCUUUUAGAAUGGAAGUAAAGGUGUAUGUUGAAGGAGUCCACCGCAUAGUUUGUGGAGUCACUGAGAAAACAACAUGUCAGGAGGUGGUCAUCGUUUUAGCACAGGCACUUGGUCGCACUGGUCGAUACACUCUGAGAGAAAAAUUCAAAGAAUUUGAACGUAAUGUGACUCCAGAUGAACCUCUCUUGGAGUCCUUGGAGAAAUAUGGUGAGCAAGCGAAGGAGGUGCAGCUCACUUUGAAGCAUAUUGGUCCAUUCCUUGGGGAAGAAACAAACCAGCCCAAAGGCCAAAUGAGGCGAGCGGAGGGGACAGGGAGAGUGCGCAGAGGCAGCGGGGCAAUUGCCCAACACCGCCAGAGCCUCCCACUGCUAUCACGCCUCUGCCUCCACUCCGAGCCACCACCCGAGGAACCAAAGGGACCCAGGCGGAAGUCACUAACACUAUUGGGGGAAGCAUGGGGUUGGCUGGAAAACUUGGGCAGAGGCGGGAAGCAGCAAUUAGGACGAGAUAAGGGGACAGACAAGGAGGGCAAUAAAGGAAAUGGGCACACAGAUAACACGUCUCCGAGACCAACCAAAAAUUCCCUGGCUUCUGGGAAGCUACAAGCAAGAGACAAAAAUAAAAUUCCGCUACAUCAGCCUUUUAUCAGUUGCCUUGGGAACCGUGGGAGAUGCACUGAUGAGAGUGAUGUAUGUGAGAGACGAGAGGAAGAGGAACGGAAAGGGACCAAGGAGGACCUGAAAACAUUAAAUUCAGUUGUUCCUCUGGUCCAAACAGUCCAUCAAGAGACCAAGAGUGAGGAGAUUGUAGAGUUAAGAAGACUAGUUGUCCAACAACAGGCUAGUCUGCAAGAACUAAAUCUCAAAAUCAAGUCAACAGACCAGUUGAUCCUUGAGCUCGAGCAGCAGCAAGCUACCAGGGACUUCUCCGAGCUGUUACUGGAAGAGGAGGAACAGCUCAAGUUCUGGCUGAAUGAACUUAAGGCGGAGGAAGUCUUUGAGAGAGACCUCCAGAGGCAGUUCUUUCAGAUAAAAGAGGAAGCUGCUGAGUGCAAAGAUAAACUGGAAGAGUACAAACAGAAACUGCAAGCGAUGGACUUGAGAUACUUAGAGCAGCGAACAGAACAUGAAACCAUCACCGGAGAGAAUAUCAAAGCAGAUGCACCAAAACUUGUCCAAAAAACUGUCAAACAAAUACAGAUCUCAGCAGAUGGAUCACAUGGAGAUAGUGGAACAAAAAGAGUGGUCACAACAUUGGAGUCCAAACUCCCAUAUGUACUUGUUUCAGCAAACCAGAUAUCUAAUCCUCCAAGCAGUCCAGAAGAUCUGAGGGAAUGGUGGACACGAUGGUCUCAGAGCCAAAACCUAACAUCAGUGACAAAACCUAAGAUGCACCGCUCUGAAAUCACCAUACAGUUAGGAAGUACCAGAGUUUAAGCAUUCUGAAACGUCUAAACACCCGAUCUUCUAGGUUUCAUGGAUACCUCAUUUAUGUUUAAUGUCACAAAAGUAAGUAAAGUUGCAAAGGCAUGAAUAUGUUUAAAGGUUUGGUACAAUAUUUUGCUAAUGAAAAGUUAAACAUA